AUGGUACCUCAUGAACCCAUCCUCACUGCCGUGCUGGAUUUUGAGCUUUUAGGGGUCACAGACGUACGAGGGCUCCAGCUCCUUCUAUUCACAGUGCUCCUGGUCAUCUACAUGCUGACCCUCCUGGGCAACCUGCUCAUUAUCACCCUGACCUUGGCCGACCACCGCCUGUACACUCCUAUGUACUAUUUGCUGCACCAUUUCUCUCUGCUGGAGGUGGGGUUCACRUCCACGGUCACCCCACAGAUGCUGGCCCACCUCCUCUCCGGUCACAGGACCAUUGCCCGUGCCAGGUGCUUUAUGCAAACAAGGCUCUACUUCAUCCUGGGCACGGUGGAGUCCUUGCUGCUGGCUGUUAUGACUGGUGACCGCUACAUGGCCAUCUGCCGCCCACUGCACUAUCCCACUCUCAUGACGCCCCGAGUGUGCAGCUAGCUGGUGCUGGCCUGCUGCGUCACCAGCGUCUUGGUCCUCGGCGCGCUGUGUGCCUGGAUGUUCUUCCUGCAUUUCUGCGGUCCCCACAUCCACAACCACUUCUUUUGUGACAGCACUCCCUUGCUGGAGCUGGUGUGUGAUGACACCAGGMUUCUGCAGCUGGUCAGCUUCCUGGUGGCCGUGUGCACCCUGGUCAGCACUCUGCAGGUGACGGUUUUGUCAUACUGCUGCAUCAUUUGCACUGUUCUGCACCUGCCCAUAUCUGGGAGCCACAGCAAGGUCUUCUCUACCUGCUCCUCCCACAUGCUGGUGGUGUCGCUCAGCUACGGGAGCUUCAUAAUCAUGUACCUGAAGCCCAUUCAAACUGGGCACAUGACCCUCAACAAAGGAGUGGCUUUCUUCAACACCAUAGUGUCACCCCUGCUGAAUCCCUUCAUCUACUGCUUCAGGAAUUAUCUGGUCCAGAAAGCCAGCAGGGAUGUGCUACUCAGGGGUAGAGUGCUUUCUUCUCAGAUAUUCAGAGGGAAAGCUUUCCAAAACCAGCGACCCCAGAAUGAUAAUGAGAACAACUUUAGACAAAUUCCAGUAGAGGGAGAUCCUAUAGCAUAA